AUGCCGGAUAUUCCGAAAUAUGAUGGUAAAAUGGACCCGUGGGAACACGUGACUUCGUACUCUUAUGCCAUAAAAGGCAACGAUGUCGAAGAAGAUGAGAUUGAGUCAGUGUUGUUGAAAAAGUUCGGAGAAACACUCUCGAAAUGGGCGUUAACUUGGUACGACCACCUGCUCGAGCAUUCUAUCACCUCUUUUGAAAUGCUCGCAAAUGUGUUUAUCAAAGCCCAUGCCGGAGCCAAAAAGGUGCAGGCCAGAAAGGCGGAUAUCUUUAGAAUCGCUCAAAGAGGUGAUGAACUACUACGUGAGUUUGUAAACCGCUUUCAAAGGGAACGAAUGGAACUGCCCCCGGUUCCGGAGGAAUGGGCAGCGCAAGCUUUCACCAAAGGACUCAAUCCCCAAAGCUCGACUACCUCAUUUAAAUUGAAGGAAAACUUGUUGGAGUACGAGGCUGUAACCUGGGCAGAUGUCCAUAACAUGUACAAAUAUAAGAUUCGGGUAGAGGAUGAUCAGCUCGAACUUCCCCCGAGACUUAUAAAUAUGAGCAAAAACUCUGAGAGAUCGAGAACAAAUUAUGAACCGGAGACAAGACCAUCGAGGGAAAGGUACCGACCAUAUUCUCAAUCAGAAAAGCCUAGCUUCAGCCAAUAUUAUCCGAUGGAGAGUGGUGGAGCAAUUGAAGUUACUGGAUCAGAUUAUCCCGGUAGCCCGGGUGCUCAGCGGGUUCAAUAUGGCAAGUGA